AGUACAGGAAUUUUUAUUUCUCAAUUUCAAAAUUUCUGAUAAUUUUUACAGUCAAAAAUACGAACUUAACUUAAAUAAUCCCAUCAUCACAUCAACCAUUCAUACUUUACCAUACUCAUCUAGUGUUUGUCAUAGCAUCUACAUCUUAACUCGCUCAACUCAUAUAUCGAUUAAAUCAUACACAGAAUCUAUACUCUUACCCACUUUCUCAGCCUUUGUUCUAUACAUUUUGACGUCUAGCCGUACCCCAAUUUUGACACAUUUCAAACCCCAUCAUCAUGAAAAAGUAUCAAUUAAUAGGUAGAAAGAAGUUAUUCGUUCGAUCAAGUUCAAAACUGAUAAAGGUAGAUUAUCCUCCUCAACAUAUUUGUUCAUUACCGUUGGAAAUUCUCAUGGAUAUAUUCGAAUAUUGUGGGGAUCCAUCUGUCGUAAAUUAUUUGCAAACCAUGUUAAAUUUAUCACUUACAUGUAAGAAAUUCCAUGGUAUUAUUAAUAGAUCAUUUCUUUAUAAUCAUGUCAUAUUCCCUAGUCAUAGAAGUUUUAAAAGUUUUGCCGUGGAUCAUUUGGUUAUUGAUAAUACUAGUAAUAAACUUAAUUUCAUUAAAUUUAUUGAAUUCAUAAAUCCAAUGAUAAAGGGAAAUUCUAAUUUUGAAAUUAAAAUCGCUGGUAGUUAUAGUAUCGAUGCAGAAUCAAGCUUUGAUAAUUGGAAUUUCGAAGAUUAUUUGUCAUGUUUCAAUCAUUUAUUAUCUCAUAGUUUUGGUUUGAAAGUUCUUGUCAUGUCGGAAAUAGCUCCCGAAUUUGCAUUCCCAGUAGAUGGUAUAUCUUCACCAGUUCCAACUUCUUCGUCAUCAAAUACCACUUCUUCAUCCCUUUCAUCAUUCUGGUCUAAGAAAAAAACCAUAAUAUCAAAUAAUAGAACUAUAGAAAAAGUCAUUUUGAAAACUCAAUCCGGGUGGUCAAUCCCAUUUAAAUUAUCCCACAUAUCAACCAUCCUUGUUAAUUUCGAUGACAUUCAAGAAUUGGAAUUGUCAAAUUUCAUAAUCGAUGACUUUAAAAUCAUUUCAGACUUAUCAAAUGCCAUCAAACCCAUCAAUAUUCAUAAAUUAACCCUUAAUUCCUGUCUUUACGCCAACACUUUUAAAAAGAAAUUCAAAACGAAAAAAUUAACCUCCUCAAUCAUGUUCGAUAAUGUUAAGAUCUUACAAUUGAAUCAUAUCUUAUCCGGAAACGAUCUCUCAAUAAUCGAUUUCAUAAAGUUAAAUAAUAAAUUAGAUACGUUGAUCCUUGAUUUAAAUUCAUCUAUUUUUUAUAAUCCUGAUCCAACUUUAAAAUCAAAAGUAUUCCAUUAUUCAAAAUAUAAUAAAUUCUUUAAAUUAUUAUGUUCAGGUGUGGGAGGUUAUUCAAGAUUAUCAAAUUUAACCUUAUCAAAUUUUGAUUUAGUUGAUUGUUUUGAUCAUAGUAAUAGUCAUAAAUCAAAUAAUCAAAAUCCAGCAAAUAUAAUGGAUGAUGAUCAAGCUGAAAAUAAUCUUGAAUCUUUAUUAAAGUUUUUAGGUUAUAUAAAGAAUCUAACCAUUAUACUUUCAAAAGAAUGCUCGGUUAGAAAGGUUAAAACUUGUGUAAAGUGUGGCUUCUCAACUUCAUCUACAAAUGAUUUAAGUGUUGAAGAUUUAAAUCAUUCAAAUUGGUCAAAACUUUUAAAACCUUUAAUAACUUCAAAUGAAGGUAAAUGUAUAGUUAAAGUAUUUAACUAUAAAUUAGAUACCUUGUUUAUUCGUGAUAAUGAUGAUGAUACUAUUUAAUUAAUAAAAAGAUAAAACGGAAAAAAACAUGUAUUAGCAACAACAAAGACACUCAAUUUUUUUUGCCUAAGUAAACAAAAUAUAUAAAGUAAAAAGUGCAACUAAGAAGGAUCCAAUUUUGGCAAUGGUU